UUUGCAUGUGCAUGCUGGAAAUCUACAUAAUCUUUUGUUGCUCAUUUUCGGUGUCGUAAGGUCACCGUUUUAUUUCGAAAUCAGUUUAAUGCGAAAAGCUUGGCUAGUCCACUAAGCAGUGUCGCAGUCAGAGAGGAUGACAAAGCCUAAGGAAGGUGCAAGCCACCAAAAUGGUCAGGCACAUGAUAAGGACAUCGUUAGGGCUAAUGGACACGAUAAAGGAGAUGACCGGCGGCCAUUCAGCAUAAAGUGCGAGUGGGACAUCAAACAGACUCAGCAGUUUUCUGACGAUGGAACCAACACUUAUUUCUGGAGAGCACACACAGUGACAGUUCUUCUAAUUAUGCUUUGUGUGUUGGUUUAUGUUGGAGCUUUUGAGAAAACUAAGGAAAACAGUGAAUACAACACAAAGAGAGGACUUAUAGCCUGUAUAGCUGUGUUCUUGUUGUUUGGGGUUACUCAGAUUAGAGAUGGUCCAUUCAAACGACCUCACCCAGCUUUCUGGCGUAUCAUUCUUUGCCUGAGUGUUGUUUAUGAAUUGGCUCUAAUUUUUCUUUUAUUCCAGACAACUGAUGACGCAAGGCAGUUAUUGAAGUAUCUUGACGAAGAUUUGGGGAAACCAUUGCCUGAGCAAUCUUAUGGGGAAGACUGUAGGUUGUACACUCCUGGACAUCCCAAUGGAUCAUUCCAUACCUUUCUUGAGAAGUGUGAUGUCUUUUUACCAGCUCAUUUCUUUGGAUGGUGGGCAAAGGCACUCAUCCUGCGUGACUAUUGGUUAUUGACUGUCAUCAGUGUUCUCUUUGAAGUCUUGGAGUAUUCCUUGGAGCAUCAGUUACCAAACUUUAGUGAAUGUUGGUGGGAUCAUUGGAUCAUGGAUGUUCUUGUUUGCAACGGUUUUGGAGCAUAUCUUGGUAUGAAGACUUGUGAAUAUCUUGGAAAUAAGCCAUACCACUGGAGAGGGUUAUGGAACAUUCCCACCUACAGUGGCAUGUUCAAAAGAGUUGCUGCUCAAUUUACUCCUUAUUCGUGGACAUCUUAUGAUUGGAAAGCCACCACAAGCCUUACAAGAUGGCUGGCUGUCUGUGGAAUUGCUGCUGUGUUCCUUAUGGCCGAGUUAAACUUGUUUUACUUGAAGUUUAUUUUGUGGAUUCCUCCUCCUCAUUUCAUCAUGCAAGUUCGUAUGGCACUGUACCUUGGGAUGGGAGCUGUGGCACUGAAUGAAACAUUUAGAUACAUGGACGACCCCACUUGUAAGCGGUUUGGACAGCAGGCUUGGGUGGUCGCGGCUAUUGUUGCAACAGAAGUGCUAAUCUGCGUUAAAUUCGGUUGGGAAACCAUCACUAUACCCUUUCCUACACACGUGACAGUAUUCUGGCUUCUUUUCCUCGGCUCUUGGACUGCGUGGACGGUGUGGCAAUUUUGGCCUUCGAUUAUCGGCGGCUUUCGUAUCAAUCACGAUAAAGAAACCGAUAGUGGUAUUAAUAACGCAGAUCACAGACCAAAACAUGAAUGAAUUUUUGACAAAAUGUUCGAGAAUGAUUAAAUACUGAUCAAGAUUUUUAGGAUAAAUAAAAAUGGGGAAAAUUCCCUUUGGAUUUUUUUUCUCAUCAGCAUCAGGGCAGGUUGCGCUUUUCCUUCAAGCGUAAUAAAUUAAUUUGCUAAUUCUAGAGAAUGAUUUUCAAAGAACGUAAUUUGCCAAUUUUUGAGAAUGAUUUUCAAACAGUGCGUUCACGGCUAGUUUCAAAUUUGUCAGUAUCGUCAUCCUCAUUAUCAACGUCAUGAACUUUUCAGUUCUACGUUUUUCUUUUUGGUUACGUUUCUUUUUGUCCUGUCAAGAGAAUAAUGAUUUUAACAAUAUAUUGAGAAAUUUGUGUGAAAGAAUCAAUUCGUAUUCAAUCGGAACGAUCCCAACGAGCUAAUUUGUUCUUGUUUGCCGCUUGUAAUUAAUGUAUGCCUUGCAAGUGGCGAUCACAUGGAGAGACACCCAGCCGGGAUAAAAAGGGUGUUGCGCCAUUUCUCUUCCAGCAAGAUGCCCCUUGAAACAUGCGAUCGCCAACUGCGACGGAUUUUUUAUGUGCUACCUAUCAGUGAACACACCAACAAUUCGGCGUAUCUCGCUGAACUGUUGUGAAUGUUUUACGGUCAUGCUUUUUGUUACACUGGGGUAGAAGACAAGGCAUUCAUUUAGUUAGCUCAACUGGGUUCCAUGAAAUUUCAGCGUAUUUUUACUCACGGGAAAUAUUUAUCAUAUGACCAAUUGUUAAGUGAAGGUAUCAAAAUGGUUCUCGUUAACCAAGGAAGAUCAAGGCUUGUGUAUUGCGUAUUUAUAAACAAUAUGGGAGGAGAGUGAUGUGAUAUCUAUGUUCUGUAGUAGGAGGGCCAGACUUAAAUUAUAUUUCAAAGUGUGACGCCUGAAAAGAAGAAGAAGAGGAGGAAAUUCUAGUUUCUUAUCACCGAGACAGGGGCCGCAAAUAUUUUUACAUCUCCAACCGAACCUAAGAAAUAUGUACUUUUGAUUAAUUCACAUCAAGAACCAAAAUCUUAGUUAAUGUAGCUGUAAUGCGUGGUUGGUGUUAAACGAAAAUUAUUCAAGGAUAGACAAAUUUUUCACAAGGCAGAAGCAUUUUUUUUCGAUCCUGUGCUUAAUUAUUAGCAUUGUCCUUCUGGAUUUUUAUGUAGUAGUGGUCAAAUUUUGCACUAUUAGCGUGAAGAAACCAGGUGCCUGUUUUAGUAAAAUUUACGAUCGUGUAUAGCGAGUGAUAAUUUUAGCUCAACAUUUAUUGGUUGAAGUAACUGAAGGCACUCACCUAAUGUAGGCAUGAACACUCGAUACUAAGUUAAAAGACGUAUUUUUCUAGUUUAUGGUAGAGAAACAUGUUAAUACGCGAUUUUGAUAAAUAAAUAUGGACAAAUGAAAAAGGAUGUAGUGUGGGUCAAAUUGUGGGCGCACUAAUAAACUGAAAGUGACA